AUGGGUCUUAUGUCCGCCUCGUUCAUAAACCUUGGGAUUUGGCCGAUGAACAACUUUAGAGCGUUUACACCGCCCACAGGUGCCGCAGACGUAGCUGUUACUGAGUGUGAAGUUGGUGUUGUUGCCGUUGCUGUUGUUGUUGUUGUUGUUGAUGUGCCUCGUCCUCCGCGUCGUUCAUUUGAAGAGGAUGUGGUAGAGGAGGAGUCGCCUCAUUCAAUCGUCGUAGAGCACGGAGAAGACUCGCUUGCACCACGCACCACUGUUGAUGGCGAUGAUGAUGCUGCUGCCGCUGUUGCUGCUGUUGCUGCUGCUGCUAGUGCUGCUCAUCUUUCAGCUGUUUACGCUCCCAAUUUACUGAUUGGUUGA